AUGCCUUCACCUGAGGCUGGUGAGGGAAACGACGCCGAAGGCUUCAAGGUAGUGUCAUCCAAUGAGUUUGAUGAUGCCAUCUUCGAUCUUGAUUUCACGUUCGCUGCGGAAAUGGCCAGGAAGUUCAGCCAAGACACCUCACCCUCCACUCACAGCCAGCAACACCCCCAGCGCCCUGUGAGUGGCGAGGUCCAUGAAAGCUCCCGGAUCAUGACCGUACCGCUCAAAUCCGAUGAUGCCCCAAGUGCCAUAAUCAAAAGGCCUCGUUCAUCUGGCGAGCCGCCUUCCCAAGGAUUUAAGUUCGUCAAGGCCACAGGGCGACAGCUGGAUAUGACGAGGAAGAGGAGCUCAAAGACUCAGGCUAGCGAGAUUCCUGAGCCUCGCACUACAAAGAAGCAAGGGCACACCGGAUCACCACUUCUCAGUGAUACAGGCAAGAACGAGAACGGACAAGAGCCUUUGGUCCGCAAAGAAGGAGGCAGAGAACAGCCCAAUGCCUCUGAGCUCCAGGAGCCCAUCAACAGUUUUUCGGGCAUUCAAAAGGUCCAAUUACUCCCAGAAUCGGAACCCAAGAGCCAGGAACAGCUGCACAAUCUCAACAGCCGGGCGGCGCCUACCAAAGUUACCAAGACUGGGGUGGGAGCAAAACAACAAGAGCACGAUUCGGCCCUCAAGGCUGCGAAGAAGGCCAGACUGACCGCGUCAACGAAGCUUCAACAACUCCAGAAUGCCAAUCAAGAGUUGGGUGCAAGAAUUCAAGAGCUUGAAGCAUCUUUGACGAGUGCAUCCCAAGAAGUCAAGGAGCUUCAGCAUGAUAAGAAGACUGCGGCCAAAGCGUAUGCAAAGACAGAGAAGAGGAUAGCGUUGCUCGAAGCCGAGAAGGCGGUUUCGAAAGAUGCGGAUCAACAGCAAGCAUCGCAGAAGGUUGCAGAACUCGAACUCGAACUUUCAGAGACCCAGAAAGAUUUCAAGAACGCAAAGCAGGUGAUAAAGAUGCUCGAGAAGGACUUGAGUCAGAAAGUUGGUGAUCUUGCAGAGCAGAAAGACCGCAUGGCCGAGUUCGUAAAGGACAAGCAGGACACGCUAUCCAAAAUUCUUGAGGGGCAAGCAACGAAAGAUUCAGUUGAUGGCAUACUGGAAAACGUGAGGACUAUUCACUCCUAUUUGAAUGACUCGGUUCAAAGUAAGCUUGAUGGUCUCAAAGAGUCUGAGGAGCUGUCCCGUAGGAACAAUGGUGUCUUUGAACAACGCCUCUUUGAUCGGUUCCAUGAAGAAUUCAAGACGUAUGCACCGUCACAAGAAGACUUGGUUGAGGCCCGGAAGGAGAAUGCGGCUCUUGAAGAACGCUGUGCUCUUCUCCAAGAGAGCGUCACUGAAAUGCGGAAGAGGCUGGAUGAAGCAGCAAGCACUAAGGAGGCUACGCAAAGAAACCACACCGAAGUGCUGACUGAGCUGUCCCGGCUGAGGGACAGCCUCACAUCAGUUGACUCCACUCGGCUACAGCAACUCGAAGCCAGCAAGGCGGUGGUUGACCAAGAGCUGCGCAACGCUCUGAUCAGAAUUGAUGCAGAGGAGCGGAAGUUCCGUUCUCUUUCUGAGACUCAGCUGGCUCUCCGCCAAGAAGUUGUGGGACUGAAGGAACAAUUGAUCAACGCCAAAGAGACCAUUUCCAAGGCGCAUUCAAACAACAGCCAAGAUAGCACGGAUAUUUCUCAACUGAUUGAGGCUGAGCGGGAGAAUGCCCGCCUGUAUUACUCGAAGCAUUCCAGAGAUGUCGUGCAACAGAACCAGGCGAAACACGCGAAUGAACUGCACACCGAGCAAGAGAAAACUCGUCAAGCCAACGAAAGUCUGAGAUCUCAAUCCGCCCAGAUCGCAUCACUGAAAGAGCAGAUUCGGCAGAAGGACUUGGAGCUUCAGAGCCUGGGGGAAUCCAGUCCCGUAGGCAGUGCUACGGUCGACGACCUUCAGCGUCAACUGGAUGCUGCGAGGACAGAGAAUACGGAAAUUCGGAUUUCUAUGCAAAUCCAGAGCGAUAGGGAGCUGAAUGAGAUCCAAGUGCGGCUAAACGAUCUGCAAGUUCAGAAGCGGGAGAGUGAUCUCAGAUGCAAGCAAGCAGAGGAAAACAACGCCACUGUACAAGGGCACCUACAAGCGUCUAACAAUAAGUUCGCUGAGCUGCAGCAGCAGCUUGAGGCGGCCCGAAACCUUGUCAAAGAGUAUGACCAAGAGGCUGAAAAACAGAAAAGUGAUGCGGAGGAGUGGUUGCACCUGCGAGAGGAGCAAUGGGCUGCUGAAGCCGAGGGCAUACGGAGUCAACUUGAAGCUGCAAAUUCUCAAAUGCAAGAAAACGAGGCCAGUACCCAGCUCAGGUUCGAAGAGUAUGAAGAGCAGCUUCGCAACUAUCGGCGUCUGCGGGAGAACACCAACUCCUUCGGUGAAGACUUCUGGGUCUCCCAAGAGCUGGGAAAGCAAGAGAGGCUGACGGAACAGGAACAUGAUUCUCAUGAAGAGCAGAGUCUGUUCCCACCUCAGCUGGAUCAAGACGAUGUUGCGACCUCGUCUCCGACGUCACGACUCCGCGAUAGGGACUCUACAGCAAGGCAGACCAAUCCAUCGAUAGAGAACCCCUUCUUUGAAGAAGAGCGCCCGUUGCGCCAGGGAUCUCACCAACCUGACUCCGCAGUUGUGGAUGAGAGCCUACCACGAACGCCUUUCAACUCUCGUGGCACUGCGAGGGCUCAGUCAAGCCAGCGGGACAGCCCGUUAUUCAUGGACCCGCCCAAUGCCAGAAACCAGGUCACGUACAGUCACCAUCGUGCUAGUAAGCGUCGGGCCUCCGGACAGGACGAGACAUAUUCCAGCAAGCGGGUCAAGGGUGGCCCUACCAACUACAGGUCGAGUCCGAUCAUGACCAGAGCAGUCUCUCGAGGAGCUGUCUCACAUUCGCAAGUGCCAGAGAGCCAAUCCCAGGAUCUUCAUAAGCCCUUGCAGCCUCAGUCUCAACAACAGUCUGCGCGUGCUCCGUCUGUUUCUCGCAUGAGAACUUCCGAGGCGUCUUCUUCCAAUGCCGUCCGCAACUCUCCCCCGAAGGGUGGACGAAGGCGUAAGACAGAGGAGAUUGGCGGUCGCUUUGAUCAAGAGAUCAAGAGCUCGCGAUGA